AUGCAACCAUCAACAACCCGCCACCGUCCUCCUGGUCAUUGUCCAGAGAGUCUGGAACACAUCCUGGUUGAGGUUCUUGAUCUCCCUCCGGAUGGUAUUCUUGCUCAAGCAUUGAAGCAUGCUAAAAUUACUUGCUUCAUUGACCUCAUGGCUAUGACCGAUGUGGCGAUUGACUCUCUUGUUCAUCCAAGAAGUCAAACACCUGAUGAUGAAGGCGAUUUCCAAGAUGAUCAACUUGCCCUGGUACCACUGUCUAUCCGCAGUCUCAUCAAGGUCAUCCAAGGAUACGUUUACUACCGCAAACAUGUCCAUAACGAUCCUGUCAACCCUGACAUCUGCAUGGAUAUUGACUAUGGAAGUAAACCCAGUCGUCGUACCCCUGCUGAUGCAUUCGAUAGAAGCAUCAGACGAGACCUGUCGUCUUUCCCUACUUUUAGCAAUGACAAGCAAUGGGAAAACUACAAUCGUAAUCUCGUAGCCAUCUGUCGCACUUACGGUCUACAAAAUGUCCUUAAUCACAAGUACCGCCCACAAACUGUUGAUGAAAAGGACCUCUUUGACCGUCAGCAGGCGUUCAUGUAUCAAGUCUUUACCACGGCUCUCCUCACCAAUAAAGGCAAGCAAUUUGUUCGUGAGCAUCAAGCAACCUUCGAUGCGCAGAAAAUUUACAAUCAACUUGCUAAAGCCUACACUAAGUCUGUUAAAGCUGAUGCCACCGCUACUGGACUUCUAUGA